AUGGGUGCCUCUUUCCCGGAUUUUGAUAACCUACCCCCGGUGAAGGAUAUGCCAGCUGGGUGUGCCUGGGGCGUUUUCGAUAAGGGCGGGAAAAAGGAUGUAUUUGGUUGUCUCAACAAGAUCACGCCUGAGGCUAUACUUACGGCGGCCUCGGACAUCAAGGAGGGUGUUAGUAUCUCACUAAAUUGGCCGAUGGGUGCUGUCAAGAAGCCUGUUGCCGAUCGCAAGACGCUCGAACACCGCGUUAUCUCAUUCUUGGACUCGCCUAUGAACUUUCAUGGCUAUGACGACGAGGUUGAAUUUAACACACAGUGUAGCAGCCAGUGGGAUAGUCUGUGCCAUUUCUAUCACCAAGAAUCGGCAAAGGGGUACAAUGGGUGCCAGCCAUCUGUCCAAGAUCUUACCCAGGGGUGGGGAGAGGCGGACACUGAAAUGGCUUUCCCAACUCUCAACCACUGGCACGAAAGAGGAGGACUGGUCGGCCGUGGCGUCCUUCUCGACUACAAAGCAUAUGCCGAGGCCAAGGGUAUCGACUAUGACCCGUUAGAUCCUCAUAUCAUCACCGUCGCCGAUAUUGAAGAGGUAGCAAAGUACCAAGGCCUCGUCUUCAAGCAAGGGGAUAUCUUUAUCCUCCGCACUGGCUACACAGAAGCGUUUGAAACCACCGCAGAUCGACAGGAAGAACUCAUGGCUCGAAGAACUUGGGCUGGUGUAGAGCAAACCAAGGAAGCGGCAAAAUGGCUUUGGAACCAGGGUUUCGCUGCAGUUGCCAGUGACAACAUCGGAUUCGAAGCGGAAGACACCAGGCACAUCCCAGCUGUCCUCCAUCCAUACCUCCUAACCCUCUUCGGUAUGCACAUCGGCGAACUCUGGGAUCUGAAAGCUUUAUCCAAGCAAUGUGCAAAGAGCAAACGGUAUAGCUUCUUUCUCACUUCGAUUCCAUUGAAUGUCCCUGGACUGGUGGGGUCACCCCCAAACGCGUUGGCAAUCUUCUAG